CCCCGGUCCCGCACAGUAUUUAAGAACACAUCCUGUUUUCUCAAAUAUUCUUGCUCUGUUGUUUCUUCUCUGAAAUAAUGGAUUCGUCAAACUCCAACGAAAUUGUUCAUGAGUUCUCCCCCUUCUUUCGCAUUUACAGAAAUGGCAAGGUGGAGAGAAUCACAGCUGAUACAGAAACUGUUCCACCAUCCGAUGACCCUUUAACAGGAGUCCAAACCAAAGACACCGUAGUCUCACAAGAAAACAGCCUGUCUGUCCGUCUUUUUAUCCCCAAAAUCACAGAUCCAACCCAGAAGCUUCCUCUCCUGAUAUACAUCCAUGGCGGUGCAUUUUGCAUUGAGUCUCCUUUCUCUUCUCUAUACCAUAACUACCUCACCGAUUUAGUCCACAACGCUAAUGUUAUAGCCGUGUCUGUCCAAUAUAGAAGAGCCCCAGAGCACCCUCUCCCUGCAGCAUAUGAUGAUUCAUGGGCUGCAAUCCAAUGGGUUGCUUCACAUGUAAAUGGUGAAGGGUCUGAGUCCUGGCUUAAUGGGCACGCAGAUUUUGAUAGAACCUUUUUGGCUGGUGAUAGUGCUGGUGCUAAUAUUGCACAUAACAUGGCUGUGAGAGCUGGAACUACGAACGGCCUAAAUGGGGUUAAAAUUGUUGGUGUGGUUUUGGCGCACCCAUUUUUUGGUAACAAUGAGCCGGAUACUUUUAGUCCGGUGAUAGAGUUUAUCUUUCCUUCUGUUAGAAUCUAUGAUGAUCCCAGGAUUAACCCGGCCGGCGCAGGUGGGGCGGAGCUGGCUAGCUUGGGGUGCGCUAGGGUGCUAAUUUUUGAGCAGUCGCUCUUAACGAAUAGACAGGUGUAAUGGGUAGCAAGAAAA